UGGAACUGGGGUUAGGCAUUGAUGAAAUAUAUAGUAGCAUUUCCUUAAUUUACACUGCAUAAGAGUUGAGGUCACUGAAAGCUGUGAGAACAGCUUACAGUUCAAGACUCAGCUAAACUGUUGGAAGAGAGAUAGCUGCUCUGAAGACUCGACAGUAAUCCAAUCACUCAUAUGAGAACAUGUGGUUUCAGUUCCAAUGCUAUAAAGUUGGAUUUCCCGAAUGGACAGAUUCUCGGAGGUGCUGACUGUAUCUAUUUUAAUUGGUUUAACUUAAUGGCAAUGCUAAGAUAACACCGAAUGUAAACCUCAAGACCAAAAGGAGAACAUUGGUGACUCUUCUGCAGUUUAGGUUAUAACAUCUCUCCGGAUGUGUCAGCUCCCGAAAACCAGAGCGUACAAAGGGACCAGAUGUACAAUCAACUGACCAAUAAGCAAACUCUCUAUGAUCUUCAUUGUCCUACGCUUUCUGCACCAAUUGCACACGGCGUGACUAUGGAUCGCGAUGGCGCUUGAUCCUUCAACUUUUCCAAGACCGCAGGCAGACACAACCGAAUUUCGCGCGAUGGAGAUGCUCUGGGUAAAAAGACUUGAAUGAAAGAACUUCCCUCGAUAACCGGAGUAUGGAUGUGUCUUUCACUGUAAGGACGUUAAGACUGUUGUGUAUUGUUUUUAUUGCCAAAGUGUGUCGGGUUGCUGGCUGCCCUCACGGAUGCAAUUGUAGUCCGUUUCUAGUCAACUGCACGGGGGCCCAACUCCAACAAUUUCCAACAGACAUCCCACUCAACACCAAGCAACUGAUUAUUUCCAACAAUAACAUUUCCAGCCUCCCCGCUGCCCAGCUCAACUAUCUGGGCAGCCUGGUGUACCUGGACAUCAGUAACAACUCCCUGACUGAGAUCUCACAAAGCUCCUUCCUCAACAUGCAGAUGCUGGUGUACCUGGACCUCAGCCGCAAUCACUUGCGGAAGAUCGCUCCUUUCACUUUCAAAUAUCUGCCCAACUUAGUAGUGCUGAAAGUGAGCAGCAACAAUGAGCUGAUCUUCUUCGACAAGCGGGCCCUCUCAACAAACUCGAAACUGCAAGAAAUUGACAUAAGUGGAAAUAGUUUAACAUUCAUUGAUGUCAAUCUGCUCGCAGCGCUUCCGUACCUGAGGUCUGUGCGUCUUGCUGGAAACCCCUGGACGUGCAACUGUAACACGGAAUGCUUAAUUAGCUGGAUGAGAAGACACAGAAAAAUUAUUCCAGAUGCUGCUGAUGUCACUUGUGAAUUUCCAGAUUCUUUGCAAGGAAUCCUUAUCACAGAAGCUGCAGAUAAACUUUUCCCACUUUGUCACAGGAAAAGGGAAAUUAAAUUGAAAGAAAUCCUUUACUUUUGCCUCAUUGGCCCCGGAUUAUUUUCUGCGAGCAUUGCUCUCAAUUUGACUUUCAGUUUAUUGAUGGUUUAUUACAAGAGGAUCAAAAAGAAAGAUCUGAAACAUUAUCGCAAACUCCGCAGGGCCAUUUCUUGUAAGUAUGCCAAGCGGCCUAAUGUGAUUAUUCAAGAAAUAAAUACCAAAGUCAACACAAAUCAGAGCACUGCUGUAGGAACGAAAGUCAAACAAUGACUUUACUUCUGAGCUUUUACUGUGAAAAGAUGGUCCAUAUUGUGAGCGUGCUAAAGCAGCACAAAAGAUGUUAGUAACAGUUACAGUAUUGCCUUAAUGCCUACACAAUCAGAAAACCACCAUAAUCAACAGGACUUACAACUGCUAUUCUGAAACUUCAUUUUGUAGCAUGUUUGAUCUCAGUGAUUUCUGCACAUAUAUUUGUUUCUAAGGAGUAUUGGAAUACAGAAUCAUCCAGAUUUUAUGACUUGAAUUUUUGCAAAUGAAAUUUAUUAAGUAUAAUCUUAUUUUAUUACUAUAUUGUUGGAUAACUUUAAACAUUGGUCAGUCUCGAUCAUCUCCCCAUAAAACAAUGGACUGCCACAAUAAUUCAUUUUACACGUAGGGAGCAAAUUUGAAAUCAGAGCAGAAUUAACUGGCGGCAAAAAAAGAAAACGCUUUCUAUUUGUGAACAAAUUAAGGAGAGUUGGUAAAGUAAAAAUGUGUUAUUGUAUCAUUUAAGUUUAUUUUCAAUGGACACAAGUUUGACCUUCAAUAAGAUUCUGAAAGAUGUUGUCAAGAGAGAUUGAGUGCUUCCUCACAGAGCUGGAACUGAAUCAAACAUCGUCUGAUGGAAAGGAAAACCCAUUUUAACUUUGGGAUAGUUGAAUGACACAGCCAGUUCUAUUUCAGAGAGAUCAAUACUGACCAUUGUUUGACACAAAUGAACAAUUUAACUCAGAGAAACUGCAAGGUGAGAGAAAUGUCAAUUUAAUCAAACUAAGAACUUCACCUUAGAUUAGGAUGUUAAAUUAUUAGAUGCGAGCAGAGAAUUUGGUGAUACCUGACUUAACGGCACUUCACUUGAAUUCAAAAGGCCAAAAUUAAAAAUGUACCCAUGAUGCUGUUUACCUUAAUGAAGAAGAAUAUUCUGAAAUGUUCUGCAUUUUUUAAUUUUAUUUAUAUAUUUAUUUAUUUAUUAUUGCGAUACAAUACAGGUAGGACCUUCUGGCCCUUUGAGCCACACUGCCCAGCAAUCUCUGGAUUACUCACACCCUAAUCAUGGGACAAAUUAUAAUGACCAAUUAGCCUACCUGUACUGUAAAGAGUUGUGCUAACCACUACGCUACUGUG